CAUGGCCGAGCAGCUGAGGCAGGCACAGACAGCGCACCGAUACUUUCUUCCAAACAAAACAUUCGUAUAACUAUUGACAAUCGAUCAAACAUGCCAAGAGAAGUCUAGGUGAGAAAGGCUUUCGGUAUCAAGUCUCCAAGCGGUCUUUAAAGCGAUGGCCAUUGUGGACACGUCAGACCAGAUCUGUGGCACAGUGAUGCUUGCAAAGCCUAAUAGUGCGAGUGCCAUCCAUCACCACGGCGAAGAAGUUGUAUAUGCAGUCAGUGGUCGAGGAGCUAUAGUGAGUGAGAAUGGUAGGAAGAGACAAGAGCUAGCCCCAGGUGACUUUGCUCUCAUCCCAGCAUACGCGGAACACCAGGGGGUCAACAAUGGCGACGAGGAAGUCAAGUGGAUCAUCACACGUGGUGGUCGCAAUCCUGUUGUGCACAACCUUAACAGUUGGGGCAAGAGCCAGGAUUCAGAGAUGGUACAAGGAGCAUACUGAAUUGUAGAAAACAAUAAGAUACCCAUUAUGUAUCGGCUUCCGACCCCGGGUUAAUGAACCACCCUCGGCGUGACUCAACUCGGCUCACGGGUCGUCGUCACACCGUUGUGUACCCUAGCCAGCAAUUCGAC